AUGGGUGUGGAAGUCGAGACAAUAUCUCCCGGUGAUGGAAGCACAUUUCCAAAGAAGGGUCAGACAUGUGUGGUUCAUUACAUAGGUAUGCUGCAGAAUGGCAAGAAGUUUGACUCGUCCAGAGACAGAAACAAGCCCUUCAAAUUCAAAAUCGGACGCAACGAAGUGAUCAAAGGCUGGGAAGAAGGCGUGGCUCAGAUGAGCCUGGGCCAGAGGGUGAAGCUCACCUGCACACCUGACGUUGCAUAUGGCCUCACGGGCCACCCCGGUGUUAUCCCUUCCAACGCCACGCUGGUUUUCGAUGUGGAGCUACUCAAACUGGAGUGA